GAGACGGGGGUCGUAUUGCGUGAAGACUGGAGUAAGUAAAACCCGGAAACAGUUGAGAGCGAAAGAGGACUCAACUCUUUUAAGUGGAGUCCGGUACAACCAACGCAGUGUUUUCAGUCCACCAAAUCCCACCCUCUCCUCUCUCUCUCUCUCUCUCUAGAAUCUAGGGCUUUGAAAUUCUUCGAUUCCUUCAAAGCUUCUCAAGCAUUUCCACCGCGUCUCAAAUCCUCUCAGAUUCUCCAGUGAAAAAGGAUAUUUGGAUAUCAGAGUGUAGCGUUUGGAUCAUUGUGAAGGUUUUAUAAUGAUGAAUUCAAUCGUGGAGAUUCAUCCCAAAGAAUUGAAGUUCAUAGUUGAGUUGAAGAAGCAAAGCUCAUGCUCAAUUCGACUUACCAACAUGUCCGACCACCAUGUUGCUUUUAAGGUUAAAACUACAUCCCCGAAGAAAUACUGUGUGCGACCAAAUGUAGGUGUUAUCUUGCCAAAAUCAGCUUGUGAAUUUUCAGUUACAAUGCAAGCUCAAAAGACAGCUCUGCCUGACAUGGAUUGCAGAGAUAAGUUCUUAAUCCAAAGCACAAUUGUUUCUUCUGGACAACUGACGCAGAUAUUGCAGCUAGUUUCUCAUUGUUUAUUUUCACAGUUUGCUAAAGAUGAGGGCAAACACGUUGAAGAGAAAAAGCUAAGGGUAAUCCUUAUGAGCCCACCUGAUUCGCCAAUACUGUCACCAAUCAAGGUAGACUUGAAGCAAGGGCAGGGCAAUGAAGCUUCAAUACUAAAUGAUCAAGUAUUUGGUGGAGUAGAAACCCUCCCUCAACACAAAAUGGUUACAAAGGAUGUGAAGUUCAGAGUUGUCAAUAGUGAGGAGUCAAAGCCAUCAAAGGUUACUGAGGUGAAACCAGCCAAGCAUGUGGAAUUGAAACUAAGAAAAGAAGAGGAGUUGAAACCAGCAAAGGCUGUGGAAUUGAAAUUACCAAAAUAUGAGGAGGUAAAAGCAAUAAAUGAUGUGGAGUCAAGGCCAACAUAUGCUACGGACAUGGAACCAGCCAGAGAUGUGGAGUUAGAACCAGUUGAUGUGGUGGAAUUGGAACCAGCAAAAGAUAUGGAGUUGAAACCAUCAGAGGAUUUGCUUUUGAAACUAGCAAAAGAGCAGGAGGCUGAUAAAGCACAGGUUGUGGAAAAUUUGAAGUUAGUUAAAGAUAUUGAGGAGAUGAAAUCAAAGCUACUUGAACUUGAACUAAAGCUGAGCCAGAAAUCAAAGGCAACAAUGAUGUGUGUACAAGGUACCAGAUUACAUGACCAACAUUACGACAGAAUCUGUUCAUUCAGACAGUUUGAUAUGUGAUAGAAUUGUAAGGAAGAUUGAAGAAGAUGAUGAAAAAACCAGAAAAGAGAGAGAGCUUCGUAUAUUGAUGCAGAGAGAAUACAACUUGCACACAAUACAUCAGACUUGUUUUUCUACUUGUACAUAUUCUUAAUAUGAGUAACUUUCCAUUUUUACCCUUAGCAUCCCCCCUCAAGCUGAUGGUAGGAAACUAACAUCAGAUUGCAACAAUAAUAAAAUGUUGUGAUUAUAAUAGAAGUGAAGAUUCUUGCUUCAGCCAGGAGGAAUGAGUGGUAGUAACUGAGAAGGAUUGUCAUGUGGCCAACGUAGACAUAUACUUGGUUGAGAGGCUUUCCUUAGCUUGAAGUUCUGAAGAAGAUGGUAAUUGAAAAUCAUAGUGAUGCCUAUGAAAACAUUAUGCAGCACUGUGGCCCCUCUUGAAGCAAAUCUGACAUUGUAAAGAAGAACCAAUAGCAACAGCUUGCCUAGGAGCAAAUCUUUGGGGGCAACUUUUAGCAAUAUGACCAAAUUGUGAGCAUAUUUGACAAUUAUCACCAGGGAAAGUAACACUCUGAUGACGAACUCCACCAGAAAAAUCAUAGACAUGACAACCAUUUGAAUUCCUCAAGUCUUUGGACUUCACAGAGCCAAUUGAGAUUGUUGAAAAUACCACCAGUGUUGUAGCAAUUUGAGUUUCCACAACGAUUACUAAAUCCUCUAGAUUGCACAGAACCGACAUCUAACUUCCUAUAUGCAUAGCAAUUAUAAUUUCGAUAUGGUCCAUGAGGAAAGUUAUGAUAGUACCUGCCACCACCUUUACCUUGAUUCCUUGGAU